AUGGCCCUACCAAGACAGUUCUUCGUCGGUCUAUUGAACAUUGAAGGGUUCAACAACUUUGAGCAGCUGUGCAUAAGCUUCCCCAACGAGAAACUGCAACAGUAUUUCAACCACCACAUGUUCAUCCUGGAGCUGGUGGAGUAUAAGAGGGAGGGUAUUGACUGGACCUUCAUCGACUUUGGCUUGGAUCUACAAACCUGUAUCAACCUCAUAGAGAAGUCCAUGGGCAUACAGUACGUACAAGUUUGGAAUGAAUCACCAAGUGGUGAAGAACUGGCCCUGCUUUUCUUCAAGCUCAGGCCUCUCCUGAGGAGCGCCACGGCAGAGGAACUGGCCCUGCUUUUCUUCAAGCUCAGGCCUCUCCUGAGGAGCGCCACGGCAGAGGAGGAGUUUGCCAAGUUGAAGGACGUGUUUGACAAGUCGGAGGCAAAGCACAAGGGGGUGCAGGAGAGACAGGUGGACCUGAUCCAGGAGAAGAAUGACCCGGCCCUACAGCUGCAGGCAGAGCAGGACAACCUGAUGGAUGCAGAGGACUACUGUGACCUGCUGAUCAAGGCCAAGGUCAUAGAGCUGAAGGAAAGACUUGAGGAUGAGGAGAUGAACGCCAGCCUGAACGCCAGCCUGAACGCCAGCCUGAACGCCAAGAAACACAAGCUGGAGGACGUGUGUGCAGAGCUGAAGAAAGAAGAUCUGGAGAUCACCAUGGCCAAGGUGGAGAAGGAGAGACAUGCCACAGAGAACAAGGUGAAGAACCGGAUGGAGGAGAUAGGUGUUCUGGGCGAGUCCAUGCUGAGCCUGACCAAGGAGAAGGCAGCCCUGCAGGAGGCCUACCAGCAGGCCCUGACUAACCUGUUGGUCAGGGAGGAGAAGGUCAAUAUGCUGAGCAAGGCCAAGGUCAAGCUGGAGCAGCAAGUGGACGAUGUUAGUAAAGGGACAUGAAAAACACACUUCACCAUAUACAGUAGCCUAACUAGCUCCUUAGUUAAACACAUAGCGUCUGUCAAUCAUUAAAAUGAUGGGUCACACGGCACAGCAUKACUUUGUUAUUAAUUUGUCAGAAAGUUAACUGACCUCGAGAAGCUAACCAAACUCACCUUUCUCUGCUUCUCGCUCUGUGUAGCAGAGUAUAAUUGUAGGCUAGUGGAACCGGAGGCUAUGAUACCAAGAUCUCCUUCAGCCAGAACACUAAGAAACAACUGUAGGAGAACAAGUUCAGAGGUCACACUUAGGUUAACUAAGUGGUCACCCGUACACAGUGCUUUCAGAAAGUAUUCAAACCCCUUGACUUUUUCAACAUUUUGUUAAGUUACAGCCCUAUUCCAA